AUGGAUACCUCCUCUGUGCCUCUGCUCAACUAUGGCUUGCAGUACCAGUGGUGCUCCGACUCUGACCUCUCCAGCAUCUCCUCUUCUGAAACCCUGUCCCCUGUCAACUCUAUGGACUCCAGCCUGUCUCCUUCCCACCAGCAGCCUCCGCAGUCCACCCCUAAGAUGACCAAAAGUGGAUAUUCUCAGAGCCUCGGGUCCUCGCCCUGCUCUAUGUCUGGACGUGGCCGGAAGUCGGGUCGAGCCACACGGAUCCGCAGCAAGCAGAGAGAGAGCGCCAGCGAGAAGGAGAAGCUGAGGAUGAGGGAUCUGACCAAGGCCAUUCAUCACCUCAGGUCCUACCUCCCGCCCUCGGUGGCCCCUGAAGGACAGAAUCUGACAAAGAUCGAGACCCUCCGCCUCACCAUCCGGUACAUCUCCUACCUGUCGGGCCAGCUGGGCCUCAGCGAGGAGGUGCUGUUCGAGCGUAGGGAACAGGGAGACCCCUCGCCCAGCAACUCCCCCUCACCUGACAUCCUCAGCUUCUUCCAGCACAGCUCCAUGGGAGGUCAGGAGGCCCAGCUCCAGUUCCAGAACCUGAACCAGAGCUUGUACCCAGCACAGUGUCACAGCCAGAACGCUGUGGUGCACUCUGGGAGCUGUAGUUUUGGAGUGGAUCAGUACAAUAAGCAGUACAAUGAAGCUCCUGGGGGAGAUAUCAGCAUGGAUACCAUCCUCCACCAGUCUCCUCCAAUAACUCAGUCCUGUCAGGUAUGUAAACAUUUACACUUUAUCUUUCAUAAAAACCUCCUUCGAAAAGAUCCCACAGAAAUCAUAAUUCUGUUCAGAGACAGAUCUGUGACCCAGGUGGACGCCCUGUCAUGGCAGGGUCAUGUUCCCAGGAUGCAGGAGCGUAUGGUGUCAGGCCUGCUCCCAGAGCCUCUCAGGAGCAGGGGAGGCUGCCUGAGGUGCAACCUCACACCUCCCACCACAUAUAUGGAGCAGCCUCCCUGUACCUCCUCACUAUCCUCUGACUGCCUCACCAGCAACACACUGACAGCUCACUGCUCAGGAAGAGCCUUCAACCACAGCACCAACUUCAACUGA